GUUAUUCACGAGGUUAUCACCACGUGCUGCCGAAUUCGAAAUUUCUUUUCAUUAAAAUUUCGUAACAGUUCAUCGAGAGACUUGCGUUUCAUCAUUUUAGAUUUUAACUGAACCACCACGGGUUAAUCAUCUCGUACACAUUGAAUCAAAUCCUCUUGUGUCAAACGGUGUUAUUGUGCGCUCGGCCCGCAUGUCACAUUGACAUUUCUCACCUGAGCGGCUUUCGCGUGUGGUCAUUGCUUGUAAUUUCCAAUGAACAAGGUAAAUUGAAUUUUCUCAAGUCAGUUCGCGAUCUGAAAUUCGUCCUCUGCAUCCUCGCAAGACCAGUUCAUAUCGUAAUUCGGCGAAGCUCUGAACGUUAUCGCCCUGGCUAUCAGCAGUUUUCCUGAACACGACGAAACUUGACUGACGCUACAUUCUGAGUAUAUUCACACAAUUCCAAUCUAAUUUGCUUCAUGUAUGCAACGAGGUUACAGGCCUAGGAAGAUCAACGUCUUAACAUGAGCAUCUUGGAUGGCCGUAUUGUUUGCGACCCAAUCCACCAAGAUAACAGCCCAAGCUAUAGAACAAGACUUUCCAGAGUUUCUCGAUCAGGGCAUGAGAGGUUUGGCUCAUGGAGUAGUGCAGAAAACUCAAGUUCAGACAAUGAAUUCUACUCAAGCAAUCAUUCCAGUGGAAAAUUGAAUACAUCGAGCAGCAGUGGUAGUUGCAGUCCAUCACCACGUAAACGAAGAGGUAAUCUACCGAAGCAUUCAGUCAAGAUCUUGCGCAGGUGGCUGUACGACCAUAGGUUCAAUGCUUAUCCGACAGAUACUGAGAAGGCUUUACUUGCUCAGGAAGCCAAUCUCACAAUAUUGCAGGUCUGCAAUUGGUUUAUCAAUGCUCGCCGGAGAAUUCUGCCAGAAAUGAUAAAGAAAGAUGGUCAUGACCCUCAGCAUUUCACUAUUACCCGACGCGGCAAGAAACCUGGGAGUUCUUCAUCCAGUCAUCAUUCUGUUCCUGCUAGUCCUGACUAUGAAAGUAGUUACUCACCCAGUGAAGAAGAACCGGCAACUAUAGUUCCUUGGACAACCAAUGUUUUUCUCUCCCAAAGUUCACAGCCUGACCACUCUCCGCCAAGGCCAGUAACCGAACCAGACUUCUGGAGUGCACAUUCGAUCGGGCGAGAAGUGACUGUUGGUGAUAUUGAAGACGAGGAAGACGAUCAGUUUAAGCGGCUGCGUCUGUUGGUAGAUGUCGCCGUACAGCAAAGAGAUACAUAAUUGUAUCCAUGCGGCACAUGAGCGAGUACCUACCAAUUCGAAACGUAGUACAAUAGUAACGUCAUUUAAAGUGUUCAAGGUCCCUCAGGAUCAUUUUUUACCGGUGACUUUCAAUUUUUUAUCUUUUUGUUUCUUUAAUUUUUUGUUUCAAUUUUUCAUGUUAUGUUUUGUCAGUUAAGUAGUGUGUAGUGUUAAUGGUUAUUUUGUCCUGGUAACCUUGUCAGAUUCAAAAUAUUUGCAGGACCACAAAGAAUGUUUAUCUUUGUGAUCUUUUUCAAUUCUAAACAAAGUAUGAAGCUUUCAGAUGAAGUUCUAAAUUGGAAUUUCUUUACCUAGUUUUGAAAAAUCAAUUAUAGAAAGGCUAGACUUGCAAACAUACGUUCAGGAUAUACUUUUCAUCCGAAAUUGUAUUAAAUGUAACCUCGGUUGAGAAAUUGAAGAAACUGCUGUAACGAACAUUCGUUGCUUUUAUUAGUCUCAAUUUUUGGUGAAGUUUUAGAAAUUUUUAUAGGGCUGAAUCAUUUAUUGUAUGAUUUUCAUCUCCUCCAGUCUGGAUGGGGAGAAAUCCUCAGGGUAAAUUAUUGAGGAGCCUUCGAAGGAUUCUUUCCUUUCUCUCUGUAGAGAGGCAGGGUUUUGGAAUUUUAGGAGUCUGUCCCUCCUGCCUCUAGCAUUAGCGUUGAUGUACAAUUGAUGUUUCUUUAAAUUUGCUCAGCAAUAAUCAAAACAAAAUUAACCAUGACCCUAGCUAGUAAUACUGAAGUCAAAGUUACUCAGUUAAUUUAGAUUUCUGAAGAAAAAGCCACAUUUUGUGCAGAAAAAUCUCCUCCAGUUUUAUGCAUUUUACAAGUCUGUUCCGCACCAUCAUAGAGUGCCAUUUUUUUCUGUACUUCAUCAUCAACAUUUAAAAAAAAAAAAAAAAAAAAAUGAAAUGAAUUGUAUGAUUUUUUAGUAAAUGCUUACUCUGACGCGCAAGAGUAAUUUUAAACCGCAAAAUGUGGCUAAAAAAUAGAAGAAACGAAGCGUUGUAGUUCUUAACAAUUUAGUCUCUUCGCUCUUAGUUUGAUGAGAUUUCUUCAGUUUUCCUGCAUUUUGGAUUGAAAAUUUUCGUUUGGUACAAUAUCGUAUCAAAUAAUUUUGAUGAUGGAGGUAUACAAUCCAUGACAGACAAUGGACUUCCAAAAUUAAGUAGAUGUUUUAGCGUUAGCAAGCUCAAGGACUCGACCUCCUUGUCUACAUUGUAUUUUCAUAAAUCGCAACCUCUCUGUUGUUACUUCUAUUUUGUAAAUUUGUUAGGACCCUUCGCUUUUUCAGUGACUUGUCCCAAGCGUUUUGGCUCUUCGAACAAUCCUCCUCCUCCCUGAAUCUUAAAAUUUGACACUUUUGUACUUUAAUUUUUUCAAGUUUACUUAUCGAUGGUAAGUUCCUUUUCUUGGAAGUAGUCAGUAUCCUUGUCUUAUCAAGAUUUCUUGUUUGUAUCAUCAGUUAGCUGGAAGGAGUAAUGAUACAAUUUUUGGUGCUAUCUGUAAAAUUUAUCAUGGUUUGUGUUAUUUGUUACGACUUAAGAAGAUUUUGCGCCUAGUCCGACUUUCCUUCUAUCAAUGCUCCUAUCAAUGUUUUUAUCCACCAUUUUAGUUGCCGUGAAAAAUAAUUCCUUUUAGUGUCUCUAGUUCAUCAUAAUAAGAGACAGGUAAUUUCCUGUCUGAAUCCUCUCAUAAUAAAAAAAAAAAUCAGUUUAGUUGAACUUACGUCAGAUGAGCUGGCAGUUUUAGUGUAUUUUCUGAAGGCAAUACACUUUUGCGUUUUUUAUUGUUGUUUAUAACGCGCAGUAGUAUGUUUCUAAGCAUGGUAGCGGAGUUUUUGGCGUUAAUCCUCAAUGGCCAUCGUUGAACUGCAAUGCAGUUUCUUGCAAACGGGAAGUAAACAACUGCCACCUCAUCUGAAGCAAGCUCUAAUAAUCUAUGUUUUUCCCUCAAGUUUUGUCCUUCUUAGUGAUAGGUUUUACACUCAGCAAUUCAAUUAUGACUUGCAGAGUGGGAAUCAAGAGUAGGCUCAGUAAAGUUCCUUUCUGUGCUCAAAAUUUUCUGCGCUAUUUGCAUACGAGAAUUCGUGCCCAAUGCCUGAAAAUUGAGGUCCUGAUCAAGGCUCCUAAGAAUUCGAAGGCUAACAAAAACUUUUCGCAGUCAAUCUCUGAUUCUGGAAUUUUUAUGCAGUAUUUGCAUACACUGCUGGUCAGGAAGUGUCUAAAUGCAUUGCAUUGCUUCACGCAUUCACUGGGUCAUGCUUUGAGAUGAUUCUUUCAGAUCAGACUAGUUAAUUUUGACAUUGUCUGAGCCUUCUGCCUGAAUUUUUGAACAUUGUCUCCCUUUUCUCCAAGAAUAUCUGUAUUUCUUGUACAUAUUUUGAGUGACAAACCAAAAAGUAGAGAAUCACUCUUAGAUCAAGAUAAUAACAGCUCUGAAAUAUAGACUUACGUGGAAAGAGGAAAAGGCCAAGUUUUCGUCAGGUGAAGAAUUUUGCUCAUCCAAUGAGCCGAAAGAACAGAAACUUGUAAUGCUCAAACUUUACAUUGCGCCAGGCAGUAGGCAGAUGCACUUAUCAAAUCUUUUACAGCUAUGUUUUUUACCUGUGCUAUGUGCGGUCGCUCAACUUUUUAUACUUUUUAUUCUUGUCAGAGUUGUUGUACAUAAUUAAAAUUAGUGCACAUUUGAA